AUGACUGCAGUGGCUUCUCCGCCUAGCGUGCAAUCGGGGCCUCGUCUAGGAUGGUAUUCUACUGGUAACGCAGGACAGGCGGCUCUUGGUUCGAUGAACACCGAAGACGUGUCUCGCAUGUUUAUGCCGCGCAAGGGUGUGCAAAGAACGAAUUCGUCCUCCUCGCUAUCGUCCAAUAGCUCAACAACUUCCACCUCCACUGUCACACACGUUGGUAAUGGUGCAACAUCCAACGGCACACCUGCAGCUACGUGGUCGUCGAAAAAGAAAAACAGCCGCGGCUUGUGGCCGGCAUCCAAGUCCGAGCCUGUCUCUGGCGUAACGAAUGCGCGCUCACAACCUGUCUCGUCGUCGACCUCGGUAAACGGUGGACCUACAGCCUCCUCGGCUAUGUCUGCCAUUCAUCAACCCUCACCUGUUGUGCCUUCUCAACAUAUGAUCCAGAGUCCUCAACAGAAUGGAGUGAACGCGGGUGCUGUAAUGCAGGGAUCUUCUGACCCUCCUGCCAUCCUAACGCUGAUUCCUGUCAAUGGUACUUUCGAGAAAAAACAAAUCAACGUUCCCUAUUUCCCUGAAGUGCUACGCAUUGGCCGUCAAACAAACGCCAAAACGGUUCCUACACCCAUUAAUGGGUAUUUCGAUUCCAAAGUACUAUCACGACAGCAUGCAGAAAUAUGGGCGGACCGCAGAGGAAAAAUAUGGAUUCGAGAUGUGAAAUCCUCAAACGGAACCUUUGUGAACGGGCAAAGGCUAUCACCUGAGAGUCGAGAAUCAGAACCGCACGAACUACGAGAGAAUGAUUCGCUCGAGUUGGGUAUUGAUAUUGUGAGCGAAGACCAGAAGUCCAUUGUGCAUCACAAGGUAUCGGCCAAGAUCGAACAUGCGGGAGUAUACGGCACAGGUCCGAAUAUUCUAGACCUCAAUUUUGGGGAUAUCGAUCCAGCUUCAGGCGGCGGCUUGAUGCCCUCACCACUCGCCCAACCUCUUUGGCACCUCCGUGGCCGAUCAAGCAGCUCGGCCAGCAACCGCAGCGUUCAAAGCGCAGCAAGCAGCCAGAUAAAUGCUCUUCAUCAACAACGGCAGAUGAAUUAUUAUAUGUCUCCAAUGACUAUCGAACAGGUGGUUAAAAAGCUUACCACGGAAAUGAAACUAGCCAAACAGCAUUCUCAAGAUCUUCGCCAGACAGACGAGUUCUUGCAUACACUGAUUACUUCAGAUAAUUCCGAGAAAGAAAAGCUCCUAAAUAAGCAAGACAACAUCAGCCGCCAUGCCAAUGGCCGGCCUAAGGUUUCUCGUUUAGAUCCGAUCUCUAGAUUCUCAGACCCUCCAGCUCCACCACCUCAACAACCUCUACCUGAAAAGCCUGAUGCCGCCCGUCGCCCUUCCCAAGAACCACAUGUAGGCAGUUUGAAGAGAUCAGACACCGAAAAGCCACACAAGACAGGUUCUGCAUCAAACUCUCCUGUCUCACGGGAAUCCAGUCAAAUUAUAUCAUUAAUUGAAGCGUUGUCCAUUACCAAGAAAGAGUUGGAGGCGCAAAAUACUCGUGUCAAGGAACUUGAAGAUCUUCUGCGGCAAGAACGUUCUGCUCGCGAAAGUGCAGAGGAAAAGGCACGACAAUCGCGCGCUCUUCCAGAGUCAGAAGUCGAAACGGCUUCUGAGACUCUCGAUGAUGAUUCUGGCGAGGAUGUGCAUGAAGUGGAGGAAAUCACCAAGUCUCACGAAAAUCCGCAAGUAAAUGGUUUGCUUGACACCACGGAAACGGAGAAUGUUGAGCACCUGGUCCAGGAUGUUCAAACUGAAAAGCUGCAGCAGAAGCUGAACAAUAUGGUGACGGAGAUAGCAGAGAUGAAGCAACAAGUUGAAACGUUCAAGCAGCGGGCAGAGAAGGCAGAAGACGACACUGUCGAAGCCCGGAAAUCUCUUGCUGAGAUGAUCGACUCUAUCAAGCGUGAACGAGAGAUGCAGGCGAAUGAAACGCUUUCGAGGGACGCUUCUUUCUCCGAGUCACACAUCAUUACAAAAGCUGGUGAUAAAAUAUCUAUAUUGGAUUCAGACGCUCAUCAUGGCAUCGAUCCACAGAAUCUGAAGGAGUUUGAAAACGCUGUGACAGCAAUGACGCAAAAACGAAGACAGCAUCUGCUUGAAAAUUCGACGCCAUACGCGUCAAUGCUCGGGGUUGUUCUUCUCGGAGUUGGACUAAUGGCCUACCUCAAUGGAUGGCAGAAGGUUGACAGAUGA